UAUCAUGUUUAAAAAAACCUGGCUACAGAUGAAGAAGCGAUUACAUCGAUCUGUCGGUUGUUUUGGAUUUAGAUCUAUUCAUCUUUUUUCAAACACAGCGAUUACCAGUAAAAAGCUGCAAUCCAAAAAUCCCCCUAUUCAGAACUCUGAUCCAGACCCCAAAACGUAUAACAAAGGACAAAAUUUACCAGCAUCUAGUGAUUAUGACCUAAUGUUAAGUAGUGUAGUAAAAGAAAAUGAUGCCUCCUCAUGUUCCACUUCUCAAGUAACCAAUACUAGUGUGCAUAAUAGUAAUCUAUCACACACAAAAACUAGCAACGUCGAGGAAAAUGGAAAAUACUUAGUGUUUGGCGGUAAAGUUUCCGAACCUCGUGCCCCACGUAUUUCUAAUGUCAGAAAACAACAACCGAUGAAAUUUCAAUCUCGUACACUCAGUCCUUCCGAUAAUCAAGAUGUACAUGAGUCGUUGCAAAGAAAUUUUAUCCUUAACUGCUCAUCUGUUUCAACAUUGAAGCGCAACUCUUCCGAAACAAGAAAAACUGAUGAUUUCGAUCUACAAUUUGAAAAGCAAUUAAAUAAUGGUAGUAGACAUUAUGACCUAAAUAAUGAUGUAUCAGAAGAUAUUCACAAUUACUUAUUGAAUUCUCCAUCCUGUACAAAUUUACUAAACACUGUAACUGCCAAAUAUUCAGAUAAAAAGUUGAUUUCCAAGACGGUAAGUCUUGGAAUUCCUACACAAAGGCCAAAUCAUCCUCUAAAACUUUCUCCAUCUUUUAUGGAAUCAACUUCAAUGAAAACUGUUAAUGAUUCUUUGCGUCAUGAAUUAAAGCAUCCAUCUAGUUUCCUGUUUGCUAAUGAACAAAGAGAAAUGGUUGAGGAAUUACAAGCAACAAGAAUUAUUCUUUUGAAACUGAAAAGUUUAUUAGUCGAGACUCCGAUUUCGGGAAAUAAUCUUUAUUCUUCGACUUUCAAACCAACAAAUCUAUGUAACGACUCGUUGCAUUCCCUCAACUUUACCACGUGUCAUUGUAAUGUAAAUCAAAGUCGAUUUCUGCUUGUUCCCUCAGUUGCCGAAGAUAAUCGACUAAUACCCUCUAACUGUAACAAAUCAAUCAAUAGAACUGGCCUCGAAGAGCUUAUUGAUAGCCUUGCACAGCUUCACUUUGAAAAAUCAGAAAUUCUAUGCGCUACCUAAUAACUGUAAAUCAACGUUUUAUCGCUUCAGAACUGUAAGUAUAUUUUUGAAUUUAUGAAACAUUGCUUCCAAAAUCAUCAGAAAUUAUUUCUUUAAGAGUUAUUGUUACAUUUUGUAAUUAUCAAUAGUAAUUGCACUUCGGAUUGUUUACUUUUGAGCAUAUGGUCAGUUUUAUUCAGAGUAAGCAUACAGACAUCGUCAACAUAGAGCCUGUACGUUGACCCGAUUUUCAAAACCUCAUUAGCAGGAAAAAAUGGAAAUAAAAAACAAGUCCGAAUGAUGUAAUAGCAAUGAUAAAUAAAUAGAAAUAAAUAUUGAGAGUAAGUUUGGGAAGUUUGAGCGAAAACGUAUAAUUGGAACGGUAAUGGGAUUCAAGAUCUAGAGGAAGAUAAACAGUAAAUGCGUCUGCACUACGAUAAGCGAUUCUGAGAUAUACCAUCUAAAGUCUCUAAAAAUUAACACUCGUUCAAUUUGGUCAUCUAGUUUGUUUAACGAAGAUGACGUAUUCACCGUAAGUAGAAUAGUUGUUGGAUCAUAAUUGUUACAGACUGACACAAUGUUUACAUCUCGGUAUAACUUGCCUAAGAUAAGAAAGCUUGGUUAAUGGAAACUUUAGGUAUCUGUUCAAAUAAGAACCUAUGCGUAGUAUGUAAUAAUGUAAUAAGAAGACGAAGAUUAUCAGAACUAUGUGAUAUAUUAGCGCAAUACAAAUCGAACAAUCUGAUCACACAUACUUGUUAAGAACAUUUAUAUGUAUUAAUAAAUGAUCAACUAGACUGGAAAUGGGGUAAGAGGAGAUAAGGGUAAUAAUAAGAGUAAUAAUAAUAAUGUGAACACAAUUUGAAACCUAAUCACUGGCUAAUAAGUCAUUAUUAGGGUAGGUUUAAGGUGGGAACAAACUGUUUUUGAAUACACAAAGAGGGGUUGAAUUUUCGUAUGGCUAGCGCUUCAAUAACCCUUAGUAUACGCCCUUUUACAUCUUUAUACAACACCACAAAAGCCGAGUUAUGAUCAAUCUUAUGGCCUGUUUCGAUUAUAUGUUUAGUAAUAGAGGAUGAUGGAUGUUUAUCCUCUGCUCUUAUUGGGUCACUUGAUUGUAGUUGUUUCCGCAACCAUUUUGGUAGAUGUUCACACACCCUAACUUUGAGAUCACGAUUGCUCCGCCCUAUGUAUGUGUCACCACACACACAUUUAAAUUGGUAAACAGUGGAAUGUGACACAAUCUUUUUCAUGUCUUUAAGGUUUUGGAUGAAGCAUGCACCUUGUUCCUUCUUUGAUAAUGACCUUUGCUGCGCAAUACGUUUUGUUGAUGACUGCUUUAAGCCUUUGUUUCAAUAAAAAGUUAUUUGAAUCACCUCUGAAUGGUAAGGUGAUGUACACAGGCUUUUUUUCUACCAAGGCUACAAUAGGUCACACUGUACCAUCGACUUACCGUCUAUUUAUGAAUUUCAGAGGAAUGCUAUCAAAAGUAUGUGAGUUGUCUGAAUUUUAAUUGGAGCAAGAACAGUAUUUCCAGUAAUUAGAACAACACAUAUAAGCGAACAAUUGUUUUCAAUUAGAUCUUCAAAAGAUUACGUUUAAAUUAUAAUAACUUUGGAACAGAAAAGGCUAUGGCAGUGAAUCAUACAUCAAAAGAAAGCUUAUGGUCUCUAGAAUAAAAUAGGAACAAAAUUAAAUGUUACUGUUUUACAAGCUUUGAAUUAAAUGAAAUAACGUCCCCAAAAAUAGCUCCCGUAGUUUGUCUAGGCUUCUUGUUCUCUGUUCAUAUCACAACCUACACUAAGCAAUGAAGUGUCAGAAAAUCAAUUUCAUACCCAUUGAUAAACCACAUAUGUUUUAAUUACAAUAUCUCUUCAAUCGUAGCAGAUAUUUUGAGAAAACUAGCUAAUAAUAAUUUGAAGCAAUCAGCUAUAUCACUUAACAGUUACGUUUGAGGAUGAAUGUAAAGAAUAAAUUUUUUCAUGGACUAUUUUAAUUUUUUUAAGGACUGUUGAUUAAUUAUACGACAAAGACGCGACCAACUAUUCACUUUUUGUUAUGAUAGGACACUCGAUGUUAACGUUUUUAUACUCGUUCACACCUAGGAUUCUAUCUUCCUGAAUUUUUAUUACAUUUUUGUUCAUUUAUUCUUUAAACACAUAGGUGAUUCAGGCAAACAUGUACUGGAUGGUUUUUGUAUUGUAUAGUAUAGAUAUUUCAAUACUGUGUUUCCAACACAUUUUGACACUCAUAAUUUAAAUCACAUUAAUAGUCGUAUUAUGUGUUAUCCGGAGGAUGGUGUAGUUCUGAAUGUGGUUUUUAACAUAUUUUGACUGCUUCCUUUUAUAUUCUAAAAGCAUUUUUAUAUCUUUUUUUUGACAACCUUAAUGUUGAAAAUGUAAAACUUCGUGAAAUUUCCUUCAAAACAUCAUUGUAGUUCUUUGAAUUGACAACUAUAACUAGUUAUUUUAUCAAGAUAUUCGGUGUCGAAUGUAACUACGUAUCAAGACGUAAAUCACAGAAAUACCGUUUAUUAUCAAACCCAUUGGUUUCGUGCCACUUUGCCAAUACUGCUUUUCUGUUGUCACCUAAAUAUUUCAGUGAUUCCAUAUCAUACACUUAGUAAUUUGUUUCUUUCUAUUUCUGAUAAGAAAGUGAAUCGGAUCAGGUGACUUAUUAUUAGCAUUCCAAAAUUCUUAUUAGGUUAGUCACAUUUUACGAAUGCUGUACUUUAUUCUGGUCGAAAUCAAUGUUUUAUUUUAAGAAAGUUUAAUGGAAUUAACUAGUUCGUUUUUAUCUUAAUUGUUAGCUCCAUUUUCUAAAUAUUUAUCCACUGAUCAUUUAUAUUGUCAUAUCGUUUUGUGAUUAAAGAGGUUAAAAUAUUAGCAUUUUAACAUUUGUAAGCUAUUAAUCCAUACUCCACAUACUUCGGUUAGAAUAGCCGGGUAGCAGCACAUGAUGGCUCAAAACUGAAUACAUAAAUUUGUGCUUGGUAAAUGAAUCAAAAUAUCUAAACGCGUGUUUUAACUGUCAUUGCUGCUACUGUUAUUCUGUUAUAAUUCAGUUGAAAGUAGGUAUUUUUACACAUAGUGUAUCAUAUCUCAUUGUUAUAUUUUAAUACGAACACGGUUGUAAGCAGUUGAAGAUAAACCACGAAAUAAAAUGCAUUCAAAUUAUUUUGCCUCAGUUGUGGUUUUAGCCUUACUGAAAUAGGUAUUGGCUGUCGUGCUUUGAAAAAUUAUUUCUCACAAACCAAAUAUCCCGUAUAAGAUCUUCAGGAAAUUCACGGAUUACCACAUCCUGGAUAACUAGACACCUUCUUACUGCCGCAAAUUUUAUUGUAUUCAAAGCAAACUCAUCAAAACAGAUGCAGUUUUUCGUCAUUUGAGCUAUGUUUCAGUUGACACUAUUAAAGGUAUCAAGUAAUCUAGUCCUGGAAGGUUCGGAAUAUAUAUAAUAUUCCCUAAAUUUAAUUUGCAGUACAGUAAUGAAGUACAAUAAUCCCAGUAUAUAGUAAAAUUAAAAUUUACAAACUAUAUAUAUACGCAUUUUUUUCUUCGUUUAAAUAUUACUGAUCACUGUUCACCGAAUUUUUUUUAGACUACAUAUUCUGAGGAUUUGGAUACUUAAAUAUAUUUUUUAUAGUUCUAGCAGAUAUCUGGCGCUUCUUUUGGGAAGUUUUUCUUGGUAAAUUUUCCAUGACCUUCCUAAUUGUAACUUUCCUCAAGAUGCAGCUGAUAUACUUUAUUUCAAAAAAGUGGAUUUUUAUUUAUGCCGUUUUGUUUUGUGUGUCUAUUCUGGUCCUAGCUUAACUUGAUAUAUUUAUGUAUGUCUAUUCAAACUUUAUUUAUUCAGAGAUAGUGCCACUACUUUCAAAAAGAAAUUUAUUUAAUUUCCGGAUUUUUUAAAAAUGCAUUCCUCAGAACAUAGUAUGGUUUUUUGAGAUUAUCAACUGUGAUGCCCUUUAUUUAUUUAUGCACGUUUGGUAUUGAAUGUUUUUAUGCAAUAAUAAUUUUAAUC